UUUCGAAGAAUCUCUCAAAUCUAUGUCGUUGGAUUACCUAAACCUCUUAAUCAACGGUCAAGCUUUCUCUGAUGUCACUUUCAGCGUCGAAGGCCGUUUAGUCCACGCUCACCGUUGCAUCCUCGCCGCUCGUAGUCUCUUCUUCCGCAAGUUCUUCUGCGAAUCUGAUCCUUCUCAAACCGGAGCUGAACAGGCUAACCAAACCGGAUCAGGAGCCAGAGCAGCCGCAGUGGGAGGAGUGAUACCGGUUAACUCGGUCGGUUACGAAGUUUUCUUACUUCUACUUCAGUUCUUAUACAGUGGUCAAGUCUCAAUUGUACCACAUAAGCACGAGCCAAGAUCGAAUUGUGGAGAUAGAGGAUGUUGGCACACGCAUUGCACUGCAGCCGUCGAUCUCUCUUUAGAUAUCUUAGCCGCCGCUCGUUAUUUUGGCGUCGAGCAGCUCGCGUUGCUUACUCAGAAACAUUUGACAAGUAUGGUGGAGAAAGCCUCCGUUGAAGAUGUGAUGAAAGUGCUAAUAGCUUCAAGAAAGCAAGACAUGCAUCAAUUAUGGACCACUUGCUCUUACCUAAUCGCCAAAUCCGGUCUUCCACAAGAGAUUCUAGCCAAACAUCUCCCAAUCGAACUUGUAGCCAAGGUUGAGGAGCUCCGUCUCAAAUCUUCAAUGCCUCUUCGUUCCCUAAUGCCUCACCACCAUGACCUAACCUCGUCUUUAGACCUCGAGGACCAGAAGAUCAGGAGGAUGAGACGUGCAUUGGACUCCUCCGAUGUCGAGCUUGUGAAGCUAAUGGUGAUGGGAGAAGGACUCAAUCUAGAUGAGUCCCUAGCUUUGAUUUACGCCGUUGAGAAUUGUAGUAGAGAGGUUGUGAAGGCACUUCUUGAGCUUGGAGCAGCCGAUGUGAACUAUCCCGCCGGUCCCACAGGGAAAACCGCUCUUCACAUCGCGGCUGAAAUGGUCUCUCCGGACAUGGUGGCUGUCUUACUUGACCACCACGCUGACCCAAACGUCCAGACAGUGGAUGGAAUCACUCCUCUCGACAUCCUUAGAACCCUAACGUCGGAUUUUUUGUUCAAGGGGGCGAUUCCUGGAUUGACUCAUAUUGAGCCCAAUAAGCUCAGGCUUUGUCUCGAGCUGGUCCAGUCCGCGGCAUUGGUUAUAUCACGCGAAGAAGGAAACAAUACCAGUAACGACAACAACACAAUGAUCUACCCUAGAAUGAAAGACGAACACACGAGCGGAAGUAGUUUGGAUUCAAGAUUGGUUUAUCUGAAUCUUGGUGCUACAAAUCGUGAUCUUAGUGAUGACAAUACCAAUCAAAGGGAAGGAAUGAAUCUGCAUCAUCAUCAUCAUCAUGACCCAUCAACGAUGUAUCAUCAUCACCACCACCACCAUUUCUAGGUCUUUGUAGUCCAUAUCAUCCUUUUUUGAUAACCAUCAUCCUUUAAUUAAGAUAAACAUAUUCA